GAUUUGGUUUGGUUUGGUUGGAUUUAAAAGUAAGAAGAAAGAAAAGUAGAGUUUAUUAAUUAUAAAAAAAUCUUAGUGAGAAAAAAUGGCAUCAACUAGUGCUGAUUCACAGUCCACGGUAGCCCAGAAGACAUGGAUUAUGGCAAAUAACAUAGACACCGUAUCUAGUGUUGAUGAUAUUUAUCGUUACGACAAAAAACAACAACAAGACAUUCUUGCUGCUAAACCAUGGGAAAAAGAUCCCCACUUUUUCAAGGAUAUCAAAAUAUCAGCGCUAGCUCUUUUGAAGAUGGUCAUGCACGCCAGGUCAGGUGGUACACUUGAAGUGAUGGGGCUGCUGCUAGGUAAAGUGGAUGCAAACACUAUGCUGGUGAUGGACUCAUUUGCUCUGCCAGUAGAAGGAACAGAGACGCGAGUGAAUGCCCAAGCACAAGCUUAUGAAUACAUGACAGCCUACAUUGAGGCUGCCAAACAGGUUGGCCGCCACGAGAAUGCCAUAGGUUGGUACCACAGCCACCCAGGCUACGGCUGCUGGCUGUCCGGCAUUGACGUGUCCACUCAGAUGCUGAACCAGAACUUCCAGGAACCUUUUGUGGCCAUAGUCAUCGACCCCGUCAGAACCAUCUCUGCUGGGAAGGUCUGCCUUGGAGCAUUUAGGACUUAUCCUAAAGGAUACAAACCAGCCAACGAAGAGCCCUCAGAAUACCAGACUAUCCCUCUGAACAAGAUCGAGGACUUUGGAGUCCACUGCAAGCAGUAUUACUCCCUAGAGGUCUCCUACUUCAAGUCUUCAAUGGACCGGAGACUGCUCGACUCACUGUGGAACAAGUACUGGGUGAAUACUCUGAGCAGCUCCAGUCUCAUCACAAAUGCUGACUACACUACUGGACAGAUUUUUGAUCUAUCGGACAAGUUGGAGCAGAGUGAAGUGUCUCUUGGUCGCGGCGGCUUCAUAGUAGCCGGCGCGGAUCCGCACGAGAAGCGCACGGAGGACAAGCUGGGCAAGGCCACCAAGGACGCAUGCAAGACCACCAUCGAGGUCAUCCACGGACUCAUGGCGCAGAUGAUCAAGGACCGCCUGUUCAAUAGUGUGAGCGGACGGCCUACUACCUCUACGCCUAUGAUUGAGUAGGCCAACUGAUAGUGAUAGUAAAGGGGA